UUAGUAAUCGCGCCUAGUCCACAGUGGCGCAGCAUUGUCACGUUGUGUCACCGAGUCAUGGAUAGAAAGAACCAUAACACAACAUUGUUCUGCCUUUCACCAUCCAAAAAAGUACAGACAAAACCGAUCAUGAAUUCAAAAGCAUCAGACUCAUCUGCGAGAACUCCAGACAUCUACGAGCCCUGGAAAACACUCACUCCAGAAAUCUAUGAUGAGUGGGACGAGGACGAGGACAAACUCUGGAAAGCUUCACUCGAAUCCUUGAUAAACGGCGAACAAACACCAUUCCAAGCUUCGCAAAACAUUGACGCUUUUAUCCGUGAAGUGACUUCUUCCCGACUCACCAAACUCAUCGAGUACGCAGAUACCCACGACGUGACUGCCGAAGAACGCCAGUUCGGCAUCUAUGAAGAGGGUAUAUACGUACCGGACGCAUCAACAUAUGCGAACGUAAUUCUGCGCACUUUUGGUAAAGCUUGCACUGCAUUUCCUCCUCGCAGCGAGACCCAAAAUCGGUUGGUGGGGUUGUUGGAGGAAUUGAGGGGUUUGCCACGAUGGAUGGCGCCUGAACUCGGGCCUGACGAGAAAGGGCAAGUUAAUUCAACUGAGUUUUGGAAGUUUGGGGGGAUUGAAGAGAGUUGGAUUGGACUGGAGGAUGCGUUUCGGAGGGAACAUGCUGUAUUGAAGCCAACCUUGGACCGCGAUCAUCAUCCGUGCGAGUUGCAUGCGCGUUGGCGUAACCUCCAGCAUAUUAUGGCACGCAUCACAGCCAGUGAUCUCAUCUAUUGCGGGGGUUUUAACGCCCUAUCUGAUCUUGUCCCGUCCAUCCAACCGAACAAGGAUCCAACCAGAUAUAAGAAACGGAAUAUGGACUUUAGUAUCAUAGCUGCUGCCCAAUGGGUCGUUGGGCCCCACGAAUGUCGAUUUGUGUAUCACGAGUGCCUCAAAAGGGAGACGAUUGAACAUUUCUGGAAACCGUGGUCCAAAGAAGGGUGGGCCUUCUGGAAAAUCGAGUUCGCAAACGUGAUAGACAACACGCAUUAUGAUGAGCGUACGCAGGUCGUGGCCAGGGAGGCUUUACAGCAGAUGGAGACUACUGAGAAGCAGAGCGAUUAA